AUGCUCUUUCUGCUGAUCCUUGCGUCCUUCGCGGCCAGCGGGUACGCAGAGGUGCUUUGCUUUUCGGACUCAGUUCCCGCGUCGAGGCGACAGUACAUUCAGAAUGAGGAGGGCGUUGCGAUCCCGAUUAAAAUUGGGUCCUUCCGCUGGAACUUGGCCGUCCAAGUGAGCGUGCUUGCAGAUCUCCUCAUCUCGGAGAAGCUCGGGUAUCAUGUGGCGCCCGUUGAGUUCCUGGGCUUCCCCUCCUUUCAGGACCUUGUCCUCAAGCUGGCUGGCUGCACCUCGACACUCUGCAACGAAACUGCGGACGCGGUCCACAUCGUUGUCGACUCCUUCGCUGAAGAUGCAGUGACCAUGGAGUCGUUCCGAGCUGCGCAGCCUGAGCGAGUCUUCAGCUGGGGCAUUUAUGUUACAGGUUCAGUUCGGGAUGCAGCGUUUCGAGAAGCGGGACUGCCUUUGGAGUACUACAGGAACUACGUUACGGGUUUCAAUCGCCCACACCGGUUUUUCCACAGCUUAUCCGACCUUGACGGCGAAGAUUUUCUCCUGUGCAAUGACUCCACGACCUAUGGGGACGAUUUUACGAACGCGAGGCUGUGGGCAAAUUAUGUGCAAUGGACUGGAGAUACUGACGGAGUGAUUGAGACAAGCGGUGGAUAUGUGGCCAAGUGCCCUGAUGGACGUUUCUGGCUCUCCCCCGCAUGUCGAGGCAACUCUUCGGAAUGCAUUCCGGUCCUAAGCGCAUUUGCCACUCUGGCCAACAUGCUGCAGUGGGCAACUGUGCACAGCCUCCCAUUUGCUAUUGGGCGGCCCCCAAAUUUCCCCAAGUUCCUGGAUCUUGCGCGGACGUACGAUGUCUUGUUCUACUACUGGGAGCCAGAUGACACUCUGGCACUGGCGGAUCUGCAGGUCUCCCGGCUUGUGCUUCCACCGAACAACGUCGCGGAGUACAAGGAGGGUAACUUCAGGACGGCAGCAGCAGGCACCAACUUGUACAAGUACGGAAGCUCUUUGCUGGCGCGCUUUGCACCUCGAGUGAGGGGAUUGGUUCAAGGGAUCGCAACCAACGAAGCUGCCAUAUGGAAUCUGGCCACCUCAAUCUCUAUGGGACAGGGCCAAGAGCUUGGGGACGUCUUCUUUACGAAUCAGUCGGAAGCCCGCAGGCAGAUGUGCGAGUGGGCGAAGUCGAACCUAGAUGUCUGGGAGCCAUGGCUCCCCAUUGAAACCAACUGCAUCCUUGGUUUUGGCUUGGUCAACGCAGAGGAUGACCAUGUCGCUUCUCGUGAAGAAGCCACGCGAUGCAGUCUUUGUCCUGCAGGAACGUUCUCCCAGUUCUUCGUGGAUGAUGUUGGGCAUACUCACCGAUGCACCCCGUGCCCGCCCGGCACGUCCCAAAGCGCAAGUGGCAAAGCUACAUGUGGAGCUUGUGGCCUCGGUACCUUCGCAAGCAAUCCUGGUCAAGCGUUGUGCUCACCUUGCGCCCGUGGUUCAUAUGCCGCAAGUCUUGGAAUGAGCUCCUGUUUCAAGUGCGGAGAUGAUACUGAGCGGACAACGACGGUUCUUGCAGAGGAGGGAUGGGUCGUAGUUCAAGGAGCAACCUCAAGUUCCUAUUGCCGCUGCGCCCCUGGGCGAUUCUUGCGGAAUGGCCAGUGCCUGCCUUGUGGAGUUGGAGCCUCCUGCCCAGGCUCCGAUUCUUUGGAAGUCUUACCGGGCUUCCAUGCCAAGGCCCUGGAGCCGGGGCUGAUUUUCAAGUGCUUUGGCCUUCCCGGCCGAUGCCCGGGAGGCCUGCCGGGUACUUGCGCUCCUGGUAGGGAUGCUGGGAGCCCCGGAUGCAGUGAAUGCCUCGAGGGCUUGCAGCCCAACGGGGCAGAAUGCGCGCCCUGCUCGGCGGGAGACUAUGUCCGUUUGGCUGCCUACGGUUUGCUGGUCCUUUUUGCCACUGCGGGCUUGCACCUGCUGUUCCUGGUUGGUGGACACGGCAGCAACCGCUUGCAGAGCAAGGUGGUGACAGCAGCGCUAUGCUCGAGCCAUCUGAUCACUUACGCGCAGCUGUAUGCUGUGAUGAGCCAGAUUCAGGCGGUGAAUUGGGCCGAACCUUUCCUGAGCUUCCUAGAGCUCUUCAAGGUUUUGUCGCUUGAGACGAUGUUGAGCUCUGUGUGGAGCAUCAGCUGCAUCACCAGCUUGACCCCCGAAGCAAACUUCCUGACCCGCACCCUUCUGGUCCCCUUGUUCUUCACCUUGGGGCCCAUCAUCUCACACGUUGCUUUCACUCGCAUGGCGAAGAAGAGCCUUGGGAUGCCAGCGACGCAGCAGGCGCCCAAAGUUGCCUGGCUUUCGGGGAGCCUGGGAUCCCUUUGCCUGCUCUUCUUCAUCAUGAUGUGCUUCGUGUGCCUGGAGCCCUUUCGGUGCAACGUGCAUCCCAAUGGCCUUGCCACCAUGCAGACGGAGCAUGGCGUCUUCUGCAACUUCUUCGAGCAGCACUUGCGCUUGUGCAUUGUUGGCGGGGUGGUGAUGCUGAUUCCUCUCGGCUUCUUAGGGCUCUCCACAUGGAUCGUUACGAAGGAGCUCCCCAGACGCGUGGCCAAGGGGGACACCGAGUUUGUCCGGGCGACCUCCUUCCUGACGAUGAGGUUCAAGCCAGGAUACGAAGCCUUCUCAGUGGCUUUCUUGCUCCGCAACUUGCUCCUAGCGGUCACGCCCAUGUUCUCCUCCGCAUCGGUCAGCCUCUUGAUGAUGGGCUCACUCUUGACAACCAGUGUGGCGAUGGUAGCUUAUUUCAAGCCAUGGCGCUCCCUCCUCACCAGCCAGGUAGACAUCUUGGGGCAUCUUGUGAUGCUGGUGGUCUUGUUGUUGAGUGGCUUGAGCGUCCAGGACCAGAACGAUUCAUCCGUCAUGGUCUUCUGCACUGCCAUCUCAUCCUUCAUGGUGGCGGUCAUACUUGCGGCAGCGGUGCAUUCAGUGGCACAGUACGUGAAGUCCAAGUUCCACAAGCCCUUCAGCUUCUUCCUUUGCCACCACAAAGCAGUGACCGCUUCAUUGGCCCGAUGGUUGAAGAUGGAGCUCCAAGGUCGCGGCUCUCACUUCACGACUUUUCUGGAUUUGGACAGCCUCACCGACCUAACCUUGCUCUUCUCUUACGUGAGUACGCAGGUGCGUACCUUCGUCAUUCUUGGAAGCCCAGGCGUCGUGGCUCGCAAGUGGUGCCUCGGUGAGAUGGCCACGGCCAGGCUGUCGAACGUCACUUCGGUGCUUGUGAGUCUGCCGGACUUCAAACUCCCCGACGAAAUCUUCAUCAAGCAGAUUGCCACUCGCGUGCCUGACAUCCUCGACCUUACAACCUAUGGUUAUGGAGUGUCCGAAGUGAAGGCCACUCUGCGCUGGCUUGCGUCCCUGAAACUCAUUGCGAUGGAGAAAGUUUCUGCAGUGAGUGUGGGGCAGAUGGUGGGCGAGUUGACUGGCAGAGGUGUGAAGAGCAACAACGCAGUGCUUCGAAGCGAGGGUGCUUGCAUUGUGGUAGACCAUGAACACCCAGAAGCCUUCGCAUCAGCCCAUGUGCUACAACGGCUCCUUGCCCCAAUCAUGAUGGAUCGGGGCAUGCCUAUCAUGGUGCUACCUCUGGAAAAUCCGCAGACCCAACUGGAGUACAUCCAGCCAUAUUUCAUGGUUUUGAUGUGCUCCAGGAACUGCUUUGCUUCUCCCUAUAUCAAAGAGUGCGUGCUCAAGGCACGCUUUCUUCAGGCUUGCGCUGUCUUGCCCGUGAUCUCGGACGAAGAUUUCGUGUUGCACGCAUCGGCGCCGGUCGUCGCCACAGACUGUGAGGAUGGAGAGGCUUAUCAGAGUGUGCUUGCGGCCGUCUUCUUGGAAGUGGCACUUCCUUUUCACACCCGGUCGAGCUCCGAGGAGGACCUGGCCAUUCGAGCUUUGCACAUCGGACGGCGGCUGGUGCUCGGAGCCUUCCAAACGCUUCGCUCCAAGUUGUGGAUGACGAGUGGAAGGCCCGAAAGUGACGACGAGUCAUCGAUGGGAGAGAGCCCUGCCCAAGGCCAGCUGCAUGGUCGUCUCGACGCAUACCUCGCUGAAGAAGAAGACAUGGUGACACUAAAAUUUUGA